AUGAGCCGUCUGAAGUCAUCAGAACCGGGUCCCUGUGUGGCACCGUUGACCAUGGUCGAGCAAUUCCUGGCUCAGGUGGUCAGGAUGUUGGAGCCUUGGCUUGGCCUGCCUCAGCGAGCAGCUCAUUUCACCUCCAAUUUCAAUUUUCAUCUCAGAUUCUCAGAGUCUUUUUCCUUUUCCAUUUUCAGCCUUCGGUCGGUCGCGCGGUCGCCUUGCAUCCACCUCACCUCUUCCGACCUCCCCGACACGGCCACUUAUUGCACACCUUCUUCUUACGGAGGAGGCUUGAAUUACACGAGGGCCUCAUGCGGUAGAGAUACUUGA